GGAGACCCGGCGGGCAGCGAUUGAGCGGACCGCUGGGGUCCAACAGGCGCCCGCCCCACCCAAGCUGCGGCCGCGCGGGAGGAAGCGCGCCACGGCCGGGUGCAGAGUUUCCUUUUCUGCCUCCUCGUCAGAACCGCUUCGGCCGGCGAAGGUGGGAAUGCCUAACCUCAGACUGAAGAGAACCCGGAGCCAGAGGGGCUAAAAUUCAGCGCCUUCCCGCGUCCGGAGCUCGCUAGCCAUGGGCAGCCGAGAUCACCUGUUCAAGGUGCUGGUGGUGGGGGACGCCGCGGUGGGCAAGACGUCACUGGUUCAGCGGUAUUCCCAGGACAGCUUCAGCAAGCACUACAAGUCCACCGUGGGAGUGGAUUUUGCUCUGAAAGUUCUCCAGUGGUCUGACUCAGAGAUGGUGCGACUUCAACUGUGGGAUAUUGCAGGGCAGGAGCGUUUCACUUCAAUGACACGACUGUACUAUCGAGACGCCUCUGCCUGUGUUAUUAUGUUUGAUGUCACCAAUGCCACUACCUUCAGCAACAGCCAAAGAUGGAAACAGGACCUGGACAGCAAGCUCACGCUGCCCAGUGGAGAGCCAGUGCCUUGCCUGCUCUUGGCCAACAAGAGUGAUCUGUCCCCUUGGGCAGUGAGUCGGGACCAGAUCGACCGGUUCAGUAAAGAGAACGGUUUCACAGGUUGGACAGAAACAUCAGUCAAGGAGAACAAAAAUAUUAAUGAAGCCAUGAGAGUCCUCAUUGAAAAGAUGAUGAACAAUUCCAGAGAAGAUAGCAUGUCUUUGUCUACCCAAGGGAACUACAUCAAUCUCCAAACCAAGUCCUCCUCUGGCUGGACCUGCUGCUAGUUUUGUUUGCUCCCACCCAGUUUUAUGAGUUUUUCCAUCUCUUCCUGUUGGUUGCCCAUCCAACAUAAAAAUUCUGUUAGGGAUAUUUGAACUGUCAUGCUGCCAGCUGCCUAUAAAGGAGGUCCAUUGUGACAUAGGAAAUGAUGCCUGGGACCCAUGUACAUUUUUAUACCUCCUGGAUUCUGUCUCUGCCUUACUGCUGGCCCAUGUAGUCCAGUUAUACUUUCAUCCCUCAACUGUGGUCUGAAUUUUGUGGGAAAGAUUAAAACUUAGCAUCUGAGCCGGG